CGUACGAUUAGCAUUUAUCGUUACAAAAAUAUUCGCAAACGUUGUCGAAAGUGUUGUCGAUGCGUUGCGCAGUGUUUAGUUUAUUGUUUAUUAAAAGGCGCCAAGAUGGAUUUCGCCAGCGUACUUAAUAAGAGCGAACCACACCAGCGCACCAUCAUACACCUGGACAUGGACUAUUUCUAUGCCCAAGUGGAGGAGUUGCGUGAGCCCGCACUUCGCACUCAACCACUGGCUGUGCAGCAGAAAAACUUUGUGGUCACGUGCAACUAUGUGGCCAGAGCGAGAGGCGUUACCAAGCUAAUGCUUAUCGAAGAAGCGAAACGUCUUUGCGAGGAUUUAGUGCUGGUCAAUGGCGAGGAUCUAGCACCAUACCGGCUUAUGUCCCAAAAGAUAUUCGAUCUGCUGCUCAACUAUACCCCCGACGUCGAGAAGCUAGGUUUCGAUGAGAACUAUAUGGAUGUAACGGCGCUGGUAGAACUGCGACAGGCACACGCAGCCGAUGCGCAGUUCAAACCAGCUGUGGGACACAUAUACCCAGCAGACGGCACUCCGCUGACAGCGUGUAGCUGUGGUUGCGCACAGCGACUAGCCAUAGGCACACGUAUUGCUCAGGAGAUACGCGACGAGCUGCAUCUGCGACUGGGCAUCACCUGUUGUGCGGGCAUUGCCUAUAAUAAACUGCUGGCCAAGCUCGUGGGUAGUCGCAACAAGCCCAACCAGCAGACAGUACUAGUGUCUACGUAUACGGAGCAGUUUAUGCGAGAACUGAGCGACUUACACAGCGUAACAGGCAUUGGACAAAAGACGCAAACGCUGCUGCUAGAGGCGGGCGUCAGUAGUGUGGAACAAUUGCAGAAUUGUGACAUGGAGUUUAUGCGCAAGAAGUUCGGCUUCGAGACGGCAACCAAACUGCGUGACCUGGCACUGGGCCGCGAUGGCAGCUGCGUGCGUGUGACAGGCAAGCCCAAGUCAAUCAGCGUUGAAGAUUCCUGCAAGACCAUCUCGGUGCAUACGGAUGUGACGGAUAAGUUUCGCAUGUUGCUCAAGCGACUAAUGGAGCAGGUUGCCGAGGACGGUCGCAUACCCAUUGCCAUCAAGGUGGUUCUGCGUAAAUUUGAUGCCCAGAAGAAGAGCAGCCAUCGCGAGACCAAGCAAGCGAACAUACUGCCCUCGCUCUUCAGGUCCUCGGUCUGUGCUGGCGAGACGGGCGUCUGUAAAGUGCAGCUGGCUGAUGGAGCGUUGGAUAAGCUCCUUAAGAUCAUAAUGCGUCUAUUUGAGCGCAUUGUAGAUCUUAAUAAACCCUUCAACAUCACAUUGAUUGGCUUGGCCUUCUCCAAGUUUCAGGAACGCAAAGUUGGCUCCUCAUCGAUAGCCAAUUUUCUCAUUAAAAAAGCCGAUCUGGAGGUGCAAUCAAUCACUUCCUUAACUAAUACGAAUCUCACUAGUCCUACGUCGGAAAAUGGUCCGACAGCGAUGAGCGGCGAUGAGGCUGCAUUUCGCUCUUCACCCACCACAUUCAAACCCAGUGAUCAGUUUUAUAGAAGACGCGCCACCACUGCGUCUCCAGUGCCUAUGCUCCUGGACAACGGCUCCGAGUCGGCAGCCACCAAUUCGGAUUUUAGCGAUUUCUCCGAAACGGAAGUGGAGCCCUCGCCCAAGAAAAGUCGCAUUGGUCGCGUGCUGGUGUCGAAGCGCAGUCGCCUGGCGGGUGAUGUGACGGACACGGCUGCCGAUGUGGCUUCACCGAGCAAACUGCGCGUGUGUGAUCUGCGACUCAAUUCGCGUGACAGCGAAAAGGACUUUCCCAUGAGUCCAAUAGCUGCGUCCACAUCGGGAUCAUCAACAGCGCCGCGCUUUCGCACAAUUCAGCCGCCCAACACACUGCUCAAUCGCAUCGAUGGUAGCCUGCGCUUCAUACCCGCAAGGACGGCCAGUCGCCUUAGCUCCAAUGCCAGUUCCACGGCAUCUUCGCCGUUGCCCUCGCCCAUGGAUGAUACGGUUAGUGCGCCUAGCACACCUACUCUGACACCAGCGUUACAAGAGGCUGCACAAGCUCCCAGUGUGGGCAGUGCAACCACUGAAGCAGCCACAGAUGAUUCACUGGCGCAUCUGGCCUGUCCCGCUGGUGUAGAUGCUCAGGUCUUCAAAGAGCUGCCUGUUGAACUGCAAAACGAAUUAAUUGCCUCAUGGCGCAGCUCGCUGGUGGUAGCUGCAGCCAAUGCCGUGGAACAGGCAACAACCAGCAACGGCAGCUCAGCCAGUGCCGACAGCAGCAGCAGCAGCGGUGCCGGAAGCAGCAGUACCACUACACAGAAGAAUACCCUAUAUCGUUAUUUCCUGAGGAACAAGUGAUGUUGUAGUAGAUGCGUUCAACGCAAACUCUGCCUAUUUAAGAUUAAAAUUGAAACAAAUAUACACUAUAUUAUAUAUAUAUAUAUAUUUUGAUAGGU